AUGAUCAUUGGUGAUGGCUGCCCGGCCCUCUUCACCACCCAGGCUUCUACCAAGGUUUCCCCGGCUCCAUGCCCCUUCUCUCUCUCUCUCUCUCUCUCUCCAUUUCAAACUUUCGAUUGCUGGUGUCUGGUAGUCCGGUUACAGCAUUCAUUCGUUUCUGAAGUAUGGAUGAUUGAGGGAUCGGACAUUGAAACCCUGCAGUUUUCAAUUGCCAGAACUUCGGAGGAUGAUCUCUCUCUCUCUCUCUCUCUCCAUUUGAGAUUUCGAUUGCCAGUGUCUGCUAGUCCGAUCAUAGAAUUCAUUCGUUUCUAAAGUGUGGAUGGUUGAGAGAUCGAACAUCAAAUCCCUGCAGUUUUUAAUUUCUCUCAUCUCCCUCAGAAAUAUCCUCCUCUUCCGAUAGGAACAAGCUACAGAAUCUAAGAACUGGAGAGAGCAGAAUAAUCAUGGCUUCAAUUCAGAUAGAGCAGUCCCUUCUCCGGAUCGAGACCACGAACAACCUCAGAACUGGAGAUACGAGAUUGAUCAUUGUCUGAAGACAGAUAUAACAGCGAGAGAACCUCAUUUUGACAAGUUUCUUCAGAUUUCACAAUCUUCAUAUUUCAUUAUUAUUAUUCUUAUCAUUAUUGUUUUUCCUCUGCGGUUUGAUUCUGGACAGUGGGAGCCAUAAAAUUCAUCCAUCAGAUUUUACUAUUUUCGUCUGAAAAGCAGUGCUCCUUCUCAUUCUUCAGGUGUACAAAUCUACAGGAUCUGAAUGUUCAGUACAGGUAUUCAAUUUUUUUCUGACUUUGAUGAAAUUUUUGCAAUAAUUGCUCGACGUCGGUCGAUUCGACCAUUCGAAUGAAAUUCUUUGGUGGCGUGCUGCAGUAGGCUUGUAUCAGGGAGGAUCUCUUCUGGCGGUUGUUCCUCAUCCGGUGACCUGCUUCUCCACAGCAAGGUAUUCCCAGAGCCAGGUGUUCAGGAUCAGCUCCGACUCCAAUCUCCUUGUCGUUGACUGGUUCACAAGUGGGCGGCGUGAGAGCGGCGAGUGGUGGGACUUUGGGCCCUACAAGAGCACCAAUAAUAUAUUUCUUGAAGGAAACUAGCCCCUGUUUCUUGAUUCGGUAAUGCCCCUCUUCAACCACACCCUCAACUCCACAGAAACUUUUUUCUAAUUCUUUUUUUUUUUUUAAUCGUAUAAGAACACAAUCUAGGCGAGCUGUCAUUUGCAUGAAAUUAGGCAGAUUUGGAGCCAGUAAUAUAUAAAGUUGAUGAGAGCUAGUGGGGGUGCAUGCAUGUUAUAUUCGUUGUUUGACUUUUUUUGUUGUUGAUGGAGGUGUUUGCUCUGCAAUUUAUAUGCAAACUGAGAGACUUAAACUAGAUGGCUCUAAGUGGCGCUGAAGGAGAUGACUCUGAAAUCUUGUUAAAAGAGGUCUGCAGUGUCUCCUGCUGCUGGAAGUCAACCCUAUGCCCGGUUCUAGAAGGUCAAAAUAGCACCGACUCACCACUCCCUAGAAAAGCCGUGUACCGUAUGUUGAUAAAACCUCGCAAGUUCUUAUCAGUGAGUAUGUCAGAAGUAUCCAUGACGUGUUCUGGUUGCAGGUGCUCCUACAGCAGGGAGGAGGCACAUCAGGCAUCGCCGAGCGUAUGCAGGGCUACCAAGUCAUUGCCAUGGUCGUACUGAUACGUAGGCUACCAAGUCAUCGGCUACCACUUCAUUUCUAUAUUCAGCGUGAAAGACGAUGUGAAAUCCGGAAAAAUAAAUUAUUACAUAAAAAGUAAAAUAAAUUAUUACAUAAAAAGAAAAUAAAUUUUAGGCUCUCAUACCCUAUCAUUAGGCAUGAUACGGUAGGCUCUCAUUUUAUAAUCAUGUUUUUGAGAUAAAUGAAGAGAAAUAAAAUAAAAUAAAAUAAAAAAAUAAAAAAAAAAUAAAAAUACAGAAAAAUGGGGGACCCGCCGGCCAGCCGGGCCCGCAAGGAGUGGUCGUGCACACGUGAGGGGAAUAACCCCCGCCGCAUUAUCCUCCCUCGCCCUCCUGCUUCUCUCUUCUUCGUACAGACGACUUCGUCCAUCUGUUCCGGAUCUCUCGUAGAUCCGGCGGGACCGUCCAGAUCCGGGAGACUCGCUCCGCCGAGUUCCGGUUUUACCGCGUAGCCCGUGCUUCAGCUACGCGUUUGAGAAGCCCGCCUCCCUCCGCGUGGGUCUCACGUGGUCUCUCCCAGUUCAACCCGGUCGAGAGGUUCCGGGGGUCUCACAGAAGAGUCAUGGGGGUUUUGUGCCGGACCCAGAUCAGCCCGGAAUCAGUAGGGCUGAAGAGAUGGCUCCCAAGGUCUAAUCUCCGCCUCCCCCACUGCCGUCGUCAUCCUCUUCGGCCACCCGCUCCCCAACUGGAAGAGACGGAGUAACAGAGAGGCCGUCGGUGAAUGGCGUCGACCUUCCCGUUGAGACCCAACAUGUGCUCCGUCAGAGCCCCAAGCCCCGCUGCCGUGUCGCGCCGCCUCUCUCACCUCCUCCCGCGGCGGCGCGGGGCAGCGAGCUUCCGCUGCUCCGCCGCCCCGUCCCGGCGGAGUUACAGCGUCACGCUCAUCCCCGGAGACGGCAUCGGCCCGGAGGUCGUCUCGGUCGCAAGAGACGUGUUGUUUCUCGUCGGUUCUCACGAAGGCGAGGCCCUUCCCCUCAAACUAACUGUUCCUUCUUUACUCGUUCCAUCGUCGUGGUCGCCAUUCUCAUCACCUCUCUGAUUCCUUGUGUUGUUGCCAUUUCUGCCAAAAAUUGUGCUUUUUCCAACGACGGGAAACUGAUCUAGGGAUCGAGUUCAGAUUCCAAGAGGUGCCAAUGGGCGGCACGGCUCUGGACGCGGUCGGAGUUCCGCUCCCGGAGGAGACCCUCUCCACCGCAAAGGAUUCAGACGCAGUCCUCCUCGGCGCCAUUGGAGGGUCAGUGUGGAUUGCCUGUCUGCCUUUUUCUUUUAUGUGCUGCCUGCAGCAGGAUCAAUGAGAAGACUCGGGUCUAACCUCCUUUACUGGCCUCCGAGAGACCCACUCUAAUGUACCCAAUCUCGGGUUUUCCUUGAGGACUUGAUUUCGUUUCUUGCUCAUUAUUCUCCUCUGGUCCCAUCGAAACACUGGGGAAUCUCCAGGUACAAAUGGGAUUCGAAUGAGAAAAGUUUGAAGCCUGAGACGGGGUUGCUUCAGCUCCGGGCGGGACUUGGAGUCUUCGCCAAUCUGAGACCAGCUUCUGUCUUUCCCCAGGUAAUCUCUAUCUCUAACGCCAUUACACUUCAAUUCACCAGAAAAUGUUCUUUCAUGGACGUCCUCAAUUGGGCGUGAUUUUUUCUUCUACCCGCUCGAAAUAGCCUCAGACUAAAUCAUAACGUCAACAUCUUCUUCCUGUAGGCUUCUGUCCAUGAGUUAAUGGCCACUCAGUUUGAAUUGCAUAAUGUCUGUGAUCGUCACAUUAACUUUACGUUUAGUGAUCAUAUAUUCUAGAAGGGUCAAACAAAAGGGGGAGCUUAGUUCAAAAGUCAAAUAGAAGUGCAAAAUAGGCUAGGAAAAGUUUGGUAAUAUAGAACUAAAGAACUCUGGUGAAUGGAAUGGGUGUGCCAAUAACAGUGAAAUGGUAGUUCUCUAGUGUACUUUGCACUUAAUUUUAUCAUCAUCGCCCUCAUUGUUCUUUUUCUGAUUGGAUUCCAUGGGCAUGCAAUGUACAAUCCAAGGAUUUGAGAAGGUGGUUACUAAUUUGGAAAAUUCAACAUUAAAAGGCCUACCUGAUCAGUUUAUAUAAUACAUGAAGAGCAAACGGAUCAACCUUAAUUUCUGGACUGUUGUUCUUCCGCUUUUUUUAAAUAGAAGUGAACUUGAUGAAAUCCUUCGCUAUUAAAGAAGAAAUUAUUUGGGAUAUGUUUUUAGAGCAGUUGAAGAACGUGCGAAACUUCGUUAAAGAGUUUGCUCUUGGUAGCUUGAAAGUAACUACUUCCAGCUACCAGUUAUGUUGUUCAUGAGACCCUAGUUCUGUCCAGGUAAAGAAAUUAUUUUUCUUCUUGGGCUAACCCUAUUUCUUUCUAUUAAUGGACAUUUUCAUUGGUUUUUAUUUUUCUCAUGGUCCUAUGUUACGAUGAAAAGGACCUUAGUUUUCCUAAGACAUCUGGAUGAUUAUUUUUUUAAUGAUUUUUCUUUGCUGUAUUCUGAAGAAGGCAUCCAUUGACAUUCUGGGUUUCAAUGCUUCAUGUAGCUAGUUGACUCUUCCACACUAAAGAGAGAGGUUGCUGAGGGAGUUGACAUCAUGGUUGUACGAGAGCUCACUGGAGGUGUUCACAGUGCUGGCUUCAUUCUGACCGAUAUACUCUACAAAGAAAUCUCUUUUUUUAUCAGUCUCUCACUUAUUUACGACAGGAAUCUAUUUUGGGAAGCCAAGGGGCUUCGGGACCAAUGAAAGUGGUGAAGAGAUCGGUUUUAAUACCGAGGUGUAUUCUGCAUCUGAGGUACUGACGGAUUCUUCCUCCUCCCCUUGGUUUUGAAAAAUGACAACUUUGUACCCAUCUGGGGCAUUGAUUUGCAACUUUGAUUGAUGACUGAUGUGUAAACAUAAAAAAAUAAUGAUGGCCAAUGACUCGUUCCCCAACAUAAAAAAAAGACUCUUUCAGCGGUCUUAAUGAUUCAAAGCAACGGUUGUGACAGUUCUCUAGGAUCCCUCUGGUGGUUACAGGUCGUACAGAGCGAGGUGAGCUUUAGAAGAAAGACUAGAAAAAGGAAAAGGAGAAGAUAUGAUGGCCACUUCAUGCCCCAGAAAUGAUGAAAUCUUCAUCCUCGGAGAGGAGAAGACAGUUUCAUGGUAGAGAAAAUUUCAUACUAUCUGUCACAAUGGCAUAGAAUAUUUAAUUCACUUUGGUCCAAUCAAGUUCUCUACUCCACUCUUAGGCCCAAUAGGGUAUGUACUCCACCUAGCUUGAAGGAUUUAAUAUGUGAGAAACCAUUCUAUCACCAGGCACUCCCCAGUUUAGGCACUAAGAUUGGAUUGGACCUAACCGACUGCAUUUUUUUUUACUGCAUUGCGUUCUUCCUUUUGAACAAGUGGACCCAAAUGGCGCCUUUCAUAUUCUCCCUAUUUUUCUGCGUGAUGCUCUAGUGUAAACUGUUGCAUGAGACUCUAACUCUCGGUAAAAAAAUAAAAAAGUAGAAAGGAUUGAUGCUAAUAAUGUAAUUUAUUUCGAAUUCUCUCAGAACAGAAGAGCAGUCCUUCUGCAGUUAUAAUUCUAACGAAUUAUAACUUUCAUAUAUUUCGUAUUAGUAGUGCUGCUAGUUUUCAUGGAUAUAAUCUUGUGAUCCAGUGUGCACUGACUUCAGUUUGGUAUUUGUUUGAUGGCUGAACAGGUUGAUCGAAUCGCGCGUAUUGCUUUUGAAACUGCCCGAAAACGGGGUGGGAAGCUUUGUUCUGUUGACAAAGCUAACGUAUUGGAGGUACAUCUCCUGGAACAGAGUGUUCGUUCAAAAGAAGCCAUGCCCCCUCCUCCUUCAAUGGCCCAUAGUAAUCGAUCGGAGAGAAUAUUGCGAAAAAGAGAAAUAAAAGGCUUCUAAAUAAGAAAAUUAAGAGAGAUAUAUGACUUUGGCCAGUUUAUCAAAUUAAUAUUGGAAUCAUUGGACAAUUAGCUAAAUAUCCGUUGAGAAUUUAACGUUGAGACUGUUGGGUAAAACUAUCGAGAUUUGUGUACUAAAAAUGCAUUAAGUGGACAAGUGUUUUUAACGUAGCUAAUAUUCACAGGCAUUAAGUGGUGAGAUAGACUUAACACUGAUUAUGUACAGUGGGGAUGAUCUAAAUUUAAGCUAUGAACUUAAUUUGAUUUGUUCAAAGUAUGAAAGAAUUUAAGAAAGGAAAAAUUAUGUCACAAUAGCCAGGCGACUAGAUAUUGACAGAAUUAAUUUGUUGAGAAUAAAAUGGAUACAUAUUCGUACUGAACACGUAAGGUUUAGAUUGAAUGGGGGUACAUUUAUGUAGUCUACUGAUGGGGCCUCAAUUGCUUUCUUCAGGCAUCUAUCCUUUGGCGAAGAAGGGUGACAAUGAUGGCAUCAGAAUUCCCAGACGUGGAACUUUCCCACAUGUACGUGGAUAAUGCUUCUAUGCAACUCGUUCGGAACCCUAAACAGGUCUCAACCCGGUACCCUGCUUCCUUUUUCAGUUAUUUUGAAAAGAUCCUACAACUUUUUUAUGGUGUCUUCUGGAAUAUAGCUAUUGUCUGAUGUCAAAGCUGAAAAUUGUGGCAGUUUGAUACAAUCGUGACGAACAACAUCUUUGGUGAUAUUUUAUCUGAUGAAGCUUCCAUGAUCACUGGGAGCAUCGGGAUGCUGCCAUCUGCCAGCCUGGGUUACUCGGUAAUCACAGAGAAUACCCCCCCACCGCCCCAAAUAAUAAUAAUCAUAAGAAAAUAAUAAUAAUAAUAAUAAUAAUUAUAAUCGCUCAAUGCAUGACGCUUUAGAGAAAUUUGUGUAGGGGCCUGGUCUCUUCGAACCCAUCCAUGGCUCCGCUCCUGACAUUGCUGGACAGGUUGUGUGCCCUCUUUGUAAUUUCAUCUCUUCAAAAGCUUGAAUUGAAUAUCCUGCUUCAACAUAUACUCUUCUUUAAAGUUUAAGAUUAUAAAGCUGGGAGUCAUAUAUUGAUCCAUCUCUUUUUCUCUCUACCUUCUGUGAUUGAAAAUUUUCAGGACAAAGCAAACCCAUUGGCAACAGUUCUUAGUGCAGCCAUGCUAUUGAGAUAUGGCCUGGGAGAGGAAAUUGCAGCCAAAAGGAUCGAGAACGCAGUGCUAGAGACUUUGGAUAGAGGGUAUCGAACUGGGGACAUUUUCUCCACUGGAUCGGUGAGCCUUUUAUGAAAAGUUUAGUCAGAUCGAAUUCCUUUCUCCCAUCUGGUUGGCCUUAGUUUUCUCUCUGGGAUAAUAACCUUUAGUUGUAAAUAUUGUCCAAGAUUUCACAAAUUGUUUCCUCUUUUAGAUAUUAAUAACUUCUCUCCUCUGUCAGGACCUUGGUAGCUGUAACUCUUUAUAAACUGUUUUUUACAAUCAUUUCAGUCAACCAAUUAGUCUUAAUUUUCUAUGGGGGGACAACAGCUUUAUAAAUAUGACCCAUGGUUUCAUGCAUGUUUUGCUUGUUCUCUUUCCUUGGAAAGUAAUGUCUUCUCUCUCUAGAUCUUGGUUAGCUGUAACCCUUUUAUAAACCCUUCUACGAUAAUAUCGAGAUAGAAUUACACACUCAUAAAUUGAGUCCAGAUUUCACACGUUUUUGCUUUAUUUUCUUUCCUUAGCCGUUAAUCAGUCUUCUCUGCUCUCUAGACCUUGGUAGGGUGCAAGAGGAUGGGCGAAGAGGUGUUGAAGUCGGUCAACUCCCAGAAGCCGGUCGCUGCCAUAUGAGCCAAUAGCGUGAGAGAUGCUUACUGCUGCUGUAAACUAGUGUUCAAUUUGGUUGCUGUUGUUAUCUGAGGCUUCCAUCCGAUUAGGAUUUUGAGCGACAAGAGGUCCAAAAUUGAGUGAGUAUCAAACUAGGAAGAUCAUCAUGAAUUGUGUUGUGGUAAAAAAGGGUCGUUUCAAAGUUGAACUUCUUGUCCCACUUGGUGCUAUUUUAGUGCGAUCAAAUGAUCUUUUUCCUAAAUUCGUAGCAAAUAAAUAAAAUAAGUUAGCAAAGUUAUUGUUUGUAUGUCAUUUUUUCUUUGUUUUCCUACCAGAAAGCCGGUGGAGAGAUGCUGAAAUAAUUACUGUAGAUCAAGAUUCUUAAUGUUUGAGUCAUGAUGUGAUCACCAUUAGUUGCAGUUACAUGACAUUAUGUCUGUCUAGCAUUCAAAAGAUGAGUAGGGUUUUUGUUGUUGAAGAUAAGAGGUGUUCAUGCAUAUGUAAGAACUACACAAUAAAGAUACCAUCUUGGCAACAUAUAAUGAAAUAUUGGAUCAGAUCAUUUCUUGACUUGAGUGAUGCUUUCUCUUCCUCAAGGGCCCUAGAAAUCGUGGAAGAAAAAAGAAAAGAAGCGGGAACUUGAAAGAACAUGCUGGUAACUUAACAUCUGGUAUUAAAUUCUAAAAAUAAAUCAUUUCUUUGUACAUAUGCAUAUAUAUAUAAAAAAUAAAAUCUUCCUGCCUAGUAUCAAAUAGGACUAAAAGGAAAGACAUCAACUCUAUAAAUUAUUUAUAGAAUUGAAAGGCAGUCACUAUCAGCCAUCUCAACAUCCGCCAGGAACAUGAACUCUUCAAUGAUAAUGGGGCCAUAUCAUGGACAGAGACUAACGAAAAAAAGGCUAAAAAAGUGAUUAUAAUACCAGAAUAAUAACCAUAAUACUGAUUUUCUUGGUGCAACAACCCAAUUCUGCAGACAUGCUCGUUAAAAUAUUUUUUCAAUGACUACUCUGCAGGAUGAUUACUGGCACUGGUUUUCAACAAAAAAAGCUAUAAAGUAAUAACGAAACCUCUUAAGGAAAGUUGGGACACUUUGGUGAUGAUCAACCUAUGACGUGACUAUCAGUGCAGGUUUUUCAUCGAUUUCUCCAUCAGAAACUUGAGAUACUCUGUUACUGAUCACUUGUUUGAGUGAUUAGUGGCGUAGGUUUUAAAAAUCAAAAUUCCGAUGGAUACAAUGAAUGUCUCGUCAAGAAAGUUGAGAUGCUCUGGAGUUAACGGUCACUCUAUAGCACAGUUAACCGGAGCAUGCUUCAGAACAGGUUCAUAGGGUUAUUAUAAUCAAUAUCCGUUCACGACGAUUGGGACACUUUGUGAAUGAUCACUAGGCAGCAGGACUAUUGGUUCAGGUGGGAAAUAAGAAUCACAUGGAUACAAUCAGUAUCUAAAACGAAAAACGAAUCAACUACAGGAGGACUGAAAUUUCUCUCAUCCUGUUAAUUUUUUUUUUGCACUAAAUCAUAUCUGCGCUGAAUUUGUUUUGCCCCCAGAGGGACCAUAUGUUGAUAAAACCUGAUCAAGUUCUUAUCAGUGAGUAAUUAUGAUUGCAUGCAGGAGACUCAAAAGUAUCCAUUAAGGUCGGCUCCUAGAACAAGGAGGAGGCACAUCAAGCAUCGCCGAGCGUAUGCAGGCCUACCAAGUCAUUGCCAUGGUCGUACUGAUAGGGUAGGCUCUCGUUAAGCAUGAUCUUUGAUGAAAAUCUAAAUCCUUUUUAUAAUUUUUUUUUUUGGAAGGCUGAGAGGAAAAAUAAAAUAAAAAGGGGUAUAAAUCUCUUUUGUGCUUGGAUUUCUUCAUCUGAGGCUUUUUGGUGAGGGAAUUCAGGCCCAAGUUGAGACACAUCCAAGGCCAACUCCAAGAGGACAUGAAGAAACUGAUGUCCAGAUGCAUCCGCAAAUCAAGUCACGCUGGAGGACCUUACUCAAACCCACGAGCCAAAUAUGUCCCAGAGAAACCUCCAUUGAUUGCUUCUUGCAGCUCCUUUGUCCCCAAGGUCAGCCUACUGCCCCUUCUGGACGGGUUUGAAUGAAAAUAUCUCGGCGCCACCGUUUUAAUUUUCCUUCGUGGGUGGAUGAAAGUCUGGGGUCUCCUCCUUUUUCCAUUCCAUGUGCAUGGUUUGUAUGACCACGCGGCAGAGCCAUGCAAGACUGAACUAGUAAUGGAAUGAUAUAUGGAUGAUAAAUCUACAGCUUGGACUUUUGACCCUACUCAGAUUAUUUGUCAGCUGAUUUUGAGGUCAAUGCCCCCCAGUUUCCGGUUCUUUCAUUCAAGCUCUUGCUUGUAGACUUUUUUCUUUCGUUUUAUUUUCGUCUUGAUGUCGUUGGCCUUUUCUCGGUUGUGGGCAGGUGGUGCGUGUUGUGGUUCGGAAAGCGGCGCUUACGACGGAUUCGGUCUACGAGUUUCUCCGACUUCAUCUGGCCGACAUGGAGCCUCUUCUUGGUGCGCCCAUUUAUGGGUGA